ACUGAUCGAUCCAAGCCGUGUAUAAAUAGAUCCCAAAGAUCAGCUUCCCAAACCACGCAGCCAUCGAUCGAUCUCCCACAUUUUUGUGCAGCGAUCUAGCUUGCAUUGCUAGCUAGUUUAGUUUUGCCAGCGUCAUAUCGAUACAUUUUAACCUAGCUAGCGACUCGAUCGCUUGCAUUGCUAGCUAGUUAGUUUUGCCAGCAUCACAGAUUCACAGGAAGACGUCCAUGGCACCAGUUCCGGCCACCGCCGCCGCCGGCAGCAGCACCCGCGAGAUCCGGCGCGCACAGCGUGCCGAUGGCCCCGCCGCCGUGCUGGCCAUCGGCACGGCGAACCCGGAGAAGUGCGUGACGCAGGAUGAGUACGCCGACUUCUACUUCCGCAUCACCAACAGCGACCACCUCCCGGAGCUCAAGGACAAGCUCAGCAGAAUCUGUAACAAGUCAGGCAUCGAGAAGAGGUUUAUGUACGUGAGCGACGAACUCAUGGAGGCUCACCCGGAGUUCGCCGACCGCCACCUGCCAUCGCUGGACGCCAGGGUGGAGAUCGCUUCCAAGAACGUGCCGGAGCUCGCCGCGGCCGCCUCGGCCAAGGCCAUCGCCGAGUGGGGGCGCCCGGCCACCGACAUCACCCACCUCAUCUUCAGCACCUACUCCGGCGUCAAGGCGCCCAGCGGCGACCGCCUGCUGGCGUCCCUCCUCGGCCUCCGCCCCACGGUGAGCCGCACCGUCCUCAGCCUGCACGGCUGCUACGGCGGCGGCAGGGCGCUCCAGCUCGCCAAGGAGCUCGCCGAGAACAACCGCGGCGCGCGCGUGCUCGUCGCCUGCGCCGAGUCGACGCUCAUCGCGUUCUACGGGCCCGAGGUGGGCUGCAACGACAUCAUCGUCGGGCAGGCGCUGUUCGGCGACGGCUCCGGCGCGGUCAUCGUCGGCGCCGACCCGGUCGACGCCGUGGAGCGCCCGCUGUUCGAGAUGGCGUUCGCCUCGCAGACCACCAUCCCGGACAGCGAGGGCGCCAUCACCAUGCAGUACAUGAAGGGCGGCAUGGACUACCACAUCGCCAGCGGCGUCCCGGAGAUGCUCGCCGGCAACGUCGAGCGUUGCCUCGCCCACGCCUUCGACUCCGUCGGCGUCGCCGCCAAGUGGAAGGACCUCUUCUGGGCCGUCCACCCGGGCGGCCGCAGGAUCCUCGACCUCAUCGAGGAGGCGCUCGGGCUGGAGAACGGCGCCAUGGCGGCGAGCCGGCAGGUGCUCAGCGAGUUCGGCAACAUGAGCGGCACCACGGUGAUCUUCGUGCUCAACGAGCUGCGCCGCCGGUUCGAGGCGGACGGCGCGGAGGGAGCCGACUGGGGCGCGCUCAUGGCGUUCGGGCCGGGGGUCACCGUCGAGACGGUGCUGCUCCGUGUCGCAAGCGGCCUCAAGCCAAAUCAAUAGUAUCCCAGUAAU